UUAUUUUAAAUAGUGAAAAUUAAAGGAAUGUUGCGAGGUUGUCUUAGGAAGGGAAUUUAGAGUUAUUCAUCAAUUAGAGAGAGAAUAAAUUAAGAGAGAGCUGAGAGAUUGAAGAAUUUACCAACAACAACUUAAGAGAAGAUUAGAAAUUUUGGAAUAAUUGCUCAUAUAGAUGCAGGGAAAACAACAACAACAGAGAGAAUGUUAUUUUAUGCAGGAGCAAUUCCAUUUCCAGGUGAAGUACAUGAUGGUACAACAACAAUGGAUUUUAUGCCUCAAGAGAGAUAAAGAGGGAUAACAAUUAGAUCUGCUGCAAUAUCAUUUAAUUGGGCAAAUCAUUAAUAUAAUUUGAUUGAUACACCUGGUCAUAUAGAUUUUACGGCAGAAGUAGAAAGAUCUCUUAGAGUGUUAGGUACAAUUGAUAAUAAGUAAUAUUUACAGAUGGAGCUAUAGCAAUAUUUGAUGGAGUAUCUGGUGUAUAAACAUAAUCAGAGACAGUAUGGUUAUAGGCAAAUAAAUUUAAUAUUCCAAAGAUUGCAUUUGUUAAUAAAAUGGAUAGAUAGGGAGCAUCAUUAGAAUAUACAUUAUAAUCAAUGAGAGAUAGAUUGAAUAUAAAACCAUUCAUGUAGAGAAUAUUAAUAAAUAAUUAUAGAAUGUAAAUACCAGUAGGAGAGAUUGACCAUUUCAAUUCAGUAAUAGAUUUAUUGACAUUGAAAGAGAUUGUAUGGUUAGAUAAGUAUGGAUCAGAAGUAGAAUUUAGAGAUAUCGAUAAAUCACAUCGUUAUUAUGAUAAAGCUAUUAAAGCACGCGAUGAUCUAUUAACAUCAGUAUCUGAAUAUGAUGAAAAAAUAGCUGAACUCUAUUUAGAGGAUUCAAACGAAUUACUUAAUUAAAAACUAUUAUUAUAAUCAAUAAGAGAAAUCAUUAAUAAACAUUACAAUUAAUGUUGUCCUAUCUAUUUUGGAUCUGCUCUUAAGAAUAGAGGUAUUUAACCAAUACUUGAUGCUGUACAUUAAUUAUUACCAGGACCAAGUGAAAGACCUUUAAUUUUUGAUAUUAAUAAUCCAAAAAAUAAAAGGAAAUUAGAAAAGAGUGAAAAAUUAACUGCUUUUAUAUAUAAAGUUUUAUAAGAUUAAGAUUUGGGAUUAUUAGGAUUCACUAGAAUUUAUUCUGGGGAAAUGAUUUAAAAAUAAAAUUAUACAAAUAGCACAAAAGAUGAAUUAAUUAAAGUUGGAAAUCUCUUUAGAGUCAGAGCUAAUAGAUAUGUUCCAAUUAAUAGUGUUUAAGCAGGUGAUAUUAUUGCAAUCUAAUCUAAAUAAGUUAAUGCUGGUUCUACUAUUAUCGGAUCUAAUGAUGAAAGGUAUUAUUACUAUAUAUAAAUCAUUUAUUUAGGUUUGUAUUAUAACAAUUAUAAUUACCUUAAUGUGUUUUCUUUGCUAAUUUAGAAUAUGAAUCAGCAAAAGACAAACUUAAAUUAGAUUAAGCUUUGUAAUAGUUAUAAUUAGAGGAUGAAAGUCUCAAAAUUACUGUAACUGAUGAAACUCUUAUUACUAUUGGAGGAUAAGGAGAAUUACAUUUAGAAAUUGUUGUCUAAAGAUUAAAAGAAGAUUUUGGUUUAAAUACUAAACUCAAAAAAAUGCAAGUCGAAUAUAAAGAAAGCAUCAGUGAAGAAGGUGUCUUAGAACUUAAAUAUUAAGAUAUUCUUAAAGGAAGACCUUUAUGGUUUAAAUUAAAAUUAAAAUUACAGCCAACAGAAUCAUAAGAGAAUGAAGUCAUAUUUGAUUUUGAUAGAGAAAAUGAUUUCGAUUUACUUUAUAAAUAAUUCAAAGAAUCAUAACUUAGAUAAAUGACUAAUCAAAAAAAUGAAACAUCAGUUAAAUAUAUUAAGAAUCCAUGUAAAAACAUAGAAAUAGAAACAAUAAAUGAUGAUUAUGGAGAAGAAAAAGCUUAUCAUAUAUCUUCAUUACAAUUUCAAAUGUUUUAUCAUCUUGAAAAGUCUAUUUUGGCAUCACUAAAUAGAGGUUUCUUAAAAUCAUAUCAAAUGCAUGGUGUUAAAGCAACUAUAUUAGAUGGAGCUUUUUCACUUAAAAGAACUAAUGACUUAGCUAUUGGAAGAGCAGUCUAAAAACUUAUGUAAGAUAUCCAUCCAAUACUUAAAGUAUAAUAUCUAUUUAAUCUAGCCAAUCAUUCUUGAGCCUAUUAUGGAUCUUGAGAUCUCUUGUCCUAAUUCUUUAUAAUAAAAAAUUAUUAAUGAUUUGAUCUCACAAAGAAGAGGAAAAAUCAUUGAAAUUAAAUAAGACUAAAAUAGACUUGGAUCAUAAAAUAGUAAUCGAGUUAUCAUUACUGCCACCAUUCCAUCAUAAGAAACCAUUGGCUAUUCUACUGCCAUUAGAUCUAUAUCUCAAGGAGAAGCUUACUUCUCUAUGAGUUUCAAAAACUAUGAAUUUGUAGGCGGACAAAAGUAAAGUGAACUUAUCUCUGAGGCCUUUUGAAAAUUUAGCUUUUUAUAUAUAUUUCA